CCCUUUCCGAGAUUUUGCAAUUUCUGCCUUGAACUUGGUACGCGUAAUAUAACGCCAAGACGAGUAGUCUAGUGCCAGAGUGUCGUCCAAUUUUCGCCCAACUGCCUACGCCAUUCCCUCUUCUGCGCGAGCGCGUUAUUAACUCCGCCGCUUUGUAGCAAUUAAAAACGCGAAACGCGCGACGAGCUCCUGUUAGUAAAACACGAUGACAGUCGUGAGAAAAAAAACUCGAGAGGCACAUGCUCUCGAAAAGCGCAAGUACGAAAGGAGCAUGCGCGCGGGCGCGAAUGAGACACAUAUAAUCGAAAAACUCGCGGCUCUCGGCGCUUCGUCUCGGCUCGGCUCGGCUUCGGCUCGACUCGGCAUUUCUCUCGCUCAUGUCCGUCGCGCGCUCGCGGCUGCCGCUUCUUCUGCUACACAUACUAGGUAGUGCCGCAGCCGCCGCGUCCGGAUCGAGUGGUCGCCAACUGUACAUCCCUCUCGCGCUGCAGAUACAACGCUCGCAUAUCUCUCGUCGUCGAGUGUGACAGUAUACGUAAAAGUGUGAUCGUGCAUCGUCGCUGCGAGAAUGGCCCGUAGACUGCCCACCUGAGCUCGCAAAAUGUGUCGCCGAAGUACACCAAAGCUCCUGCCCUAAUGUCUGUAUGGUCGACGAGCACUGGACGGAAUUCAGUGUUUGGCGCGGAGGCUGGGGCCGGCCAACCUCCCAACUUACACCCGCCACCCAUUCAUUCGCACUCACAUGCGCAUCAUCUGCACGGAUCUAACGGACACUGCUUCCACAAGCGGAUCCACACUUGCCAGAUCAAUGUGAUGUGGCACUUUAUUAUAUUCACACCACCUGCUGGUUUUUUUGCCCUCCGCGGGAUUCGCAACAAGCUCCUCCGUUGGCACCAUCGUUGUUCGUCCAAGAUGUCGCAGUCCGGCGAUGGGCUGCACACGCCGGGAUACCUCGCCUGGAGAAAGCUCCAGCUCAGCAGGGCGAAGCUCAAGGCGUCCAGCAAAACUUCGGCUCUGCUCUCCGGAUUCGCCAUGGUCGCCAUGGUCGAGGUCCAACUGAACUCGGACACGAAAGUUCCUAAGGAGAUGCUGGUGACCUUCGCGGUCUGCACGACGCUCCUGGUCGCGGUGCACAUGCUGGCCCUGAUGAUAUCGACCUGCAUCCUUCCGAACAUCGAGGCGGUCUGCAACCUGCACAGCAUCAGCCUGGUCCACGAGUCGCCCCACGAGCGUCUCCACUGGUACAUCGAGGUCGCCUGGGCCUUCUCGACCCUCUUGGGACUGCUCCUGUUCCUCGUGGAGAUCGCGAUCCUCUGCUGGGUCAAGUUCUACGAUUUCUCGCAGGUCGCGGCCUGGUCGGCCUGCAUCGUCCUCGUCCCGGUCCUCAUAAUCUUCCUGGCCUUCGCCAUUCACUUCUACCGCAGUCUCGUCACGCACAAGUACGAGGUCACGGUCUCGGGGAUCAGGGAGCUGGAACUGCUCAAGGAGCAGAUCGAGACCACCGACGUCGAGGGCAGGAACGGCAUGAGCCAACUGGCGCAUAACACCCUGCAGAUCGUCCAGGUCGUGUGAAGAAAAGCACGUGUCAUUUGAGUUUGUUCUGUUUUUCGUAUAUCAUAUGAUUACAUGUAUAAGUACGUGCCUCUGUGCGUUUACUCGUCACGUUAUAGACUGCUUUGUUCUUUGCUCCUGCAGCGUGUAUCUCGUUCUCAGUUUUCGUCUUACUUGCAGCGUAUGUAUGUACGUGUACGAUUUAAACGACCUGCGCUCAUCUCGAGCAGAGUCGGUAUAAUCGCGUUAUGUUUUCGUAUGUCUGAGACUCUCUUCCGCAGCCGGGUGUGUAUGCAAAUCCCUAGUGUAUAAGGAAAGAGAUAUCGGGCGUAUGCGUGUGUGCGAUUAUGUUUUAGCUCUGUUUUCGGGGCGACGAUACUUGAUUUCUUUUCCUCUUCUGCCUUUAUUCGAUUACCGUGUUCUCGCAUGAGUAGCAAACGCGAAAGAGUUUUAUUUGUAAAUAUAAUUACCGUUAAUUUACGAAACAUUCCUCGCCACGCAUAGUGACUUAAGUUGAUAAAAAAGGCGAUGCAGUACAUAUAUAACUAUGCGAAACUUACAAUGAAAAUGUGAAUUGCGAUAAGCGAAAAAACUAGUAUUAUGUAAAGCUUCUUCUAGGACGUGCACUCGCACGUAUUGUUGUAUACACUUGUUUACGCAGACACACAUAUGGACACACGCUGACACGUGCACACACGAAGACAAAGGAAAAAAAAAAUCAAUUUUGAAAGGCUAAGCGAGGUAUUUUCGGAAAAAGCAUCCCGGUUCUCGCUUUUGUGAUCAAAUAUGGCUCGAAUUUUUUGUGAGGCAAAUUAUUGUUGGAGCGUUUGUCGAGAAUCUUUUUGUGCGAUUCGAUGUUUUGAAAUUUUGGAAACGUCUCUUAUAUAAUAUUAUACACACUAUGAAAGUCUGAUGAUAUAUUGUUUCUUUUGUAUAAAAGAGUUUUUCGUAACGAAUCAAUUGUUCUCUGACGAACGCGCGAUUUUUAAGACACUUAUUAUAUUAUUACUUAUCAUAUACUUGUACAUAUGAUAACUGAAAUUGUUAUUAACGAAAUUCAAAGACCAACAAUUUUUCUGUAACUGUAUGUCGACUAAUGUAAUAUCGUAUAUGUCAACAACAAUGUAUUAAUCGAACUGCCUGCAUUCGUGAAUCUCAUCGUUAAUUGUUGAAACGUCGUAGGAAAAUCGUAUAAACAAAUUCGUUAACGAAAGCGCAUCCAUUAUAAUUUUAAUAUUUAAUUUUCAACUCUGUGACGAUUACGAUAUAUCUUUGUAAAUAUUAUAGUUAUAACCCGUAGGGCCGAAUUCCGGCGAUUUUACUCGCAGGUUGACUACUAACGUUAUUGUGUAUAGCCUGUCUAAGGGCAACCUGCGAGUAAAACACGCUUGUAACUUAUGUACGAGCUCCAGGGCAACGUGUAUCUCUGGGAGCGCCGUUGUUGCCACGCAAAUAUAUAUAAGUACUUGAACAAAGUAGACGAUAGUGAAAAUAUUUGAUUUAUAUACGUGCUUGUAUCUGCAUCGAUUCUGACUGCACGAUACGCAACGAUUUUCGUAAAUAAACAAUAUGCAAUUAUUAUUAACAAAAAA